AUGCUGGCUCGAUCGUUAGUCCAAAACUACGUGCCUUACGAGGUGCGUAACUACGUCUCCUAUGAGUUGCGCUGCUUCGUUAGACGCUCCUUCGAUGAUUACUUAUCCUCUCAAAUGACAAUAACCAUCGAAGAAUUUGAAGGGAUGGUUCACAAUGAACUCUUUGAGUCCGCAAAGGCCUAUCUAGCCACCAAGAUCUCUCCUUCUAACAAAAGAAUCAAAGUGAGUAAACAUGAGAAAGAGAAAAACUACAACGUCGCCGUGGAACGUGACGAGGAAGUUAUGGACGCUUUCAAUGGCAUCCAGUUCCGGUGGGUUCUCUGUUGCCGCCAUGGUUACUACUCAGGCACAUGGACCUCUAUCACUCUCGACCAUCCUUCUACCUUCAAGACACUAGCAAUGGAUCCAGAUGUCAAGAGAGAUGUGAUGGAAGAUCUAGACAAAUUCAUGAAGCGGAGCGACUACUAUAAAAGGGUUGGUAAAGCUUGGAAGAGAGGAUACUUGUUGUAUGGUCCACCAGGCACAGGGAAGUCAAGCAUGAUCGCAGCCAUGGCCAAUCAUCUCCACUACGAUAUUUAUGACUUGGACUUGACUGCGGUUCAACAAGAAACAACAAGGCCAGGUCGUAUGGAUAUGCACAUUCACUUGUCGUACUGCACGCCGAGUAUUUUCAAGGCUCUUGCUUCGAACUAUCUAGACAUCAAAGAGCAUCGCCUUUUCAGCGAGAUCGAGAAAGGUAUUGAGGCGACAAAAGUUACUCCAGCAGAUGUGGCUGAACAGCUUAUGAGGAAUGACAAUACUGAUAAGAUUCUUGAGGGUUUGAUUGAGUUCUUGGAAUCCAAGAAGAUCAAGAACGAACAAAAUAAUGCCGAAACGGAGGAGCAUAACAAGGGCGAAGGCUUGGAGAACAAGAAAAAGACCAACAAGGGAAAAGAUUCGGAGGCCAAGAAAAAACGAAGAGGUUGA